AUGUCGUACGACUUGCAAACCGCUGAACAAGCCGCAUAUGCGCCGUUCUUUGGAUACAUGGGAGCUGCCUCAGCGCAAAUCUUCACAGUCUUGGGAGCCGCCUAUGGAACUGCCAAGUCCGCCGUCGGUAUUUGCUCAAUGGGAGUGAUGCGCCCGGAACUCAUCAUGAAGUCCGUGAUCCCCGUCAUUAUGGCUGGUAUCAUCGGUAUCUACGGAUUGGUCGUAGCCAUGGUGCUCAAAGGCAAGGUGACCUCUGCUUCGGCAGGUUAUGAUCUCAACAAAGGAUUCGCACAUCUUGCUGCUGGACUCACAUGUGGACUAUGCGGACUUGGAGCGGGAUAUGCUAUCGGAAUCGUUGGAGAUGCGGGAGUUCGUGGAACUGCUCAACAGCCACGUCUUUUCGUCGGAAUGAUUCUUAUCCUCAUUUUCUCCGAGGUCUUGGGACUUUACGGCAUGAUUGUCGCUCUCAUCCUCGGAACCUCCUAA